CAGAAAAUGACAGAAGACAGACGGACAUUGACUGACAGACAGAAGUCACUUGAAUACACAAGCGAUUAUUUGAUUUAUUUAUAUUUACAAUUACACCAAAACAAAUUAGCUACUUACAUUAUCGAAUUUGUAUCACUUCUGAUCUCUACUAUUAAGGAUAUUUUUUUCGCUGGUUAAGAUUUACACUGUGAUGCUUGUGAUGUGUAACUAAAUACUAUUAUUCCGCACUUAAAUACAUACAUCUAUAGAACUUACGAGAGUGGAUCGGGGCCGACGAGGGUGGCGCUACCGCCGGCAAGCACGGCGUCCACGAUGUGGGACUCGUCGGCUUUCCUAGGCGCCUUGACGCCUAAGUUCUACGUUGCCCUGACGGGCACGUCGUCGCUGAUCUCUGGGCUGAUCUUGAUCUUCGAGUGGUGGUACUUCCGCAAAUACGGCACGUCGUUCAUCGAGCAGGUGUCGCUGACGCACCUGGGCCCGUGGCUGGGCGGCGGCGGCGGCGGCGACGCGGACGCGGCGGACUGCAAGGUGUGGCGCAACCCGCUGUCGCUGCUGCGCGGCGCGGAGUACGGGCGCCUGUGGUCGGCGGCCCGCCGCGCGCCGCUCACCUACUACGACAUGAACCUGUCGGCGCAGGAGCACCAGGCCUGGUUCGGCUGUGGCGCUGAGGGCCCGGCCGAGGAGGCCAUGGCGCGCGCGUGGCGCGAGCGCGAGCCCGGCGCCCGCGUCGCCGCCGCCCGCGCCGCGCUCGCGCUGCGGGCCGACUGCGCCGCCGCGCUGCUGCUGCUGGCCGAGGAGGACGCGCCCACCGUGCACGAGGCGGAGCGCGUGCUGCGCCGCGCCUGGCGCGCCGCCGAGGCCGCGCAGCGCGCGUCGGCCGCGGGCGGCGCGCCGCAGGAGGCGCGGCGCGACGCGGCGGUGCUGGCGCACGUCAAGCGCCGCGCCGCCAUGUGUGCCCGCCGCCUCGGCCGGCUCCGCGACGCCGCGCGGCUGUUCCGCGAGCUCGCGCGCGACGCGCCGCCCGCGCUGCACGCGCUGGCGCUGCACGAGAACCUCAUCGAGGUGCUGCUCGAGCAGAAGGCCUACGCCGACGUGCAGGCGGUGCUGGCGCGCUACGACGACGUGGGGCUGCCGCGCUCCGCCUGCGUGUGCUACACCGCCGCGCUGCUCCGCGCCCGCGCCGCCGCCGCCGCGCCGCGCCAGCACGAGCUCGCCGCGCUCGACGCCGCGCGCCGCGCCAUCGAGUUCAACCCGCACGUGCCCGAGUACCUGCUGGAGCUGCGCCCGCUCACCCUGCCGCCCGAGCACGUGCUGCGGCGCGGCGACAGCGAGGCGCUGGCCUACGCCUUCUUUCACCUGCGGCACUGGCGCGCCUGCCCCGACGCGCUGCGCGUGCUGGCGGCGGCGUGGGCGGGCGCGUCGCGGCGUGGCGCUGCGCCCGCCUGCGCCGACCGCGAGCUGCUGCCGGCGCACCACGCGCUGUCGGUGUUCCCGCGGCGGCGCGCGCCGGCGCUGCUGCCGCUGGCGGCGGCGCUGUGCGCGCUGACGGCGCUGCUGGCGCUGCUGGCGCACCGCUGGCCGGCGCAGGCGCACGCGCUGGCCCGCGCCGCCGCCGCCGGCCUCGACCCGCGCCGCCUGCACGCGCUGCUCGCCGCCGUCUGACCGCCAACUGACCGCCGCCCACACACCGCACUCAUGCAAUAAACUAGUACUGCCCGACUCUGGCCUAUCUUUGUUGUCGACGAUCAAUAAACCCAUCAUUCUCACUGUUACUCGUAUAUACCUUUAUCUAUAUACCGUAAUUAUAGUUAUUAUUGCUCUAACUAAGGUAUAGCAGUGGAACAUGAACUAAUUGAAUAUUUAUCCUUACAGAUGGUAAAGCUAUUUCAGCUCUCAUCUUACUGCAAUAUUAUAUGUACCUACAAGCAAAUGAAGCGACCAAAACAUGCGUUCAUUGCGCAUGCACUGAUGAUUGCCUAUCGGUCAUCCAUAACCCCGUUACCCGGAAAACUGGACUGGCAGUUUUCUGACUACCCGUGAUGAGUACGCAUACAUUCUGCUAAUGUUCAUAGGAAUGAACAAUGUUGUAUGAAGACGCAUAAGCGUCCGUUCAGCUCUCCACGUCAAAUCAACUUUCGCAAUGAGCAACUAUCUAUAUACGAGGAUAACUUUAGAUAGUAUUAUUCGAGUGCUGAAUUAAUGAAGAAAAAACAUACGCACACACAGCAUUUGUAAUACUGGGCGCACUGCGCAGCGGUCGUAGUCAUUACUAUAUCUACGGUAGGCACAUACUUAUGUAGGUACAAUGUAGGUAAAGUUAUCGGCACGAAUCUUGAGCUCUGACCUUCACCUGCGCAGAAUUAAUUUAUUGGGUCCCUUUUGUUUGUGGUAUGAAGUGAGGCGCGGGGGCGGGCUAAAGCGGUGAUUGGCCCGCAGUGCAUCGCGUCAUAGCCGUCACUCCGGAUUGGUUCUUUGCUUUUUUUUUUAUAAUAAAUCACUUCUGCGCAGAUGUAGGUCAGAGCUCAAGAUUCGUGCCGAUAACUAAACGCGAUUGUAGUAAAAACUUCAUAAUACGAACAAAAAUAUUAUUGUGAGAUCUCAAUAAAUUUUCUUGCAUGCA